CCAAGGACGCCACAGCGAGGUCCCCAGGGAGUGACGUUGUCCCCAGUUGUCACGGUGCGGAUGGCAGAGUCUCCCGUGCCAGGUGACCGUGAUUGGGCCCCGAUGUCAUUCCCAGCCAGAGGAGCUGUGGGAUCUCUAAUCCGCCUUAACCCCAUCUCCUCCAUCGGCGCUGGAUUUCCAGCAUCAAACCCCGGGCACUAAUCCGAGUCCCGUGUUGUCACCCUGUCUCGGCACAUGACAUUGUCCCUCCUCUGCAGAGCUGGGCCCCCCGGCUCCAUCUUGCCUUGGAUUCUCCAGCUCCUCCCCGGCCGCUGUUUGCCCCCUGGCACCCUGGAAAAAGGAAUGCUGAGGUCCCGGCUUUGCUUUCUGCAGGCUGGUGGCACUUGGAGGGGGUGCAGGAGUGACCCUGCUCUCCAUGAGCUGACACUUCCUGCACCAGGAUUAGAUGAGAUCCAAAUUUGGGUGCCCACCCCACCCUGUCCCGCUCUGGUGAGAGGGUUGAACCUUCCUCCAGGCACCCUCGGCUGCGCUGCCCACCAUCCCCUCUCCGCUCUCCCAGGUUCCUCCCAGCUCCAUUUCCCGGCUGCCCUACGUGGAGCUGCGGCUCUCCAGCCAUCCCGAGGGUCACGUUCUCCCUGUUUACCCAGCGCCCGUGCUGGUUCCAGCCUGACUUGGCGGAGAGGGAGCAGCAGCCGCAGAGCCCAGACGUGCCGAGUCAGCGCCGCUUCCCAGCGGAGGAGCUGCUGUCGUUCCCCACCGCCUCUCUCCCCAUCCAUCGAUUUUUCUUUCGCUCUUUCACCCCGCUCACCCUCCCCGGCGCCGCGGCGUAAAUGCAGUGACAGACCCGGCGAGGCCAAAGAGCCCGGCCACGGCACCGCCAAUCCCUUCCUCCAUGGAAUGAUGCUGGCACCUCACUCCUGUCACGCUCUCCCUCCUUCCCAGCCCCUCCAGGCAUCUUUUCCCCCCCUUUCAUCAGGAUUUUGGCACCCUCCCUGCCCGGACCGGUGGAGGACAGCGCGGGUAUCCACGCCUGCCGGGCUCCCUGGAGCCUUUCUCCCCACAGCCCUGUGCGCCCAUCCCGGCACCGCCACCCCGCAGGAGCCGGCGGGGAGAGCCGGGGUCCCCUGGCCGCCGGGGGUCCGCGGGGCGCCGCCGGCUCCUGCCGGUUCCCUGCCUGACGCUGUGUUCUCCUCUCUCUUUCUCUCUCUCUCCCGCUGCCGGCGGGGCCGCCCGGGCAGGGAAGGCCGGAUGGUGGUGCUAUCCCUGGUUCUGGGACUCUCAGAGCAAGAUGACUUUGCCAAUAUUCCCGACCUGCAACCCGCUGGGACGCAGCCGAACCAGGCGAACGCUCAGGGGGACAAGAGGUUGCCGGCCGCUGGGAAGGCUGGGAACGCGGCACCGGCACCGGGGCAGCCGCCGCACGAUGAGUCCGACCGCAAGACGGAGCCGCACUCCUCCGUCUCCGACCUGGCCAACUCCCUGACCAGCGAGAUGCUCAUGCUCUCCCCGGGCUCCGAGGAUGACGAGGGCCACGAGGGCGUCAGCCGGGAGAACCUGGGCCGCAUCCAGUUCAGCGUCGGCUACAACUUCCAGGAGUCCACCCUGACCGUGAAGAUCAUGAAGGCGCAGGAGCUGCCGGCCAAGGACUUCAGCGGCACCAGCGACCCCUUCGUCAAGAUCUACCUGCUCCCCGACAAGAAGCACAAGCUGGAGACCAAGGUCAAGAGGAAGAACCUCAACCCGCACUGGAACGAGACCUUCCUCUUCGAAGGGUUCCCCUACGAGAAGGUGGUGCAGCGGGUGCUGUACCUCCAGGUCCUGGACUACGACCGCUUCAGCCGCAAUGAUCCCAUUGGAGAGGUGUCCAUCCCGCUCAACAAGGUGGACCUGACCCAGAUGCAGACCUUCUGGAAGGACCUGAAGCCCUGCAGUGAUGGCAGUGGAAGCCGUGGGGAGCUGCUGCUGUCGCUGUGCUACAAUCCCUCAGCCAAUUCCAUCGUGGUGAACAUCAUCAAGGCAAGGAACCUCAAAGCCAUGGACAUCGGGGGCACCUCAGAUCCCUACGUGAAGGUGUGGCUGAUGUACAAGGACAAGCGGGUGGAGAAGAAGAAGACGGUGGUGAUGAAGAGGUGCCUGAACCCCGUCUUCAACGAGUCCUUCGCCUUCGACAUCCCCACGGAGCGGCUGCGCGAGACCACCAUCGUCAUCACCGUCAUGGACAAGGACAGGCUGAGCCGCAAUGACGUCAUCGGCAAGAUUUACCUGUCCUGGAAGAGCGGUCCCGGCGAGGUGAAGCACUGGAAGGACAUGAUCGCCCGCCCGCGGCAGGCGGUGGCACAGUGGCACCAGCUGAAGGCCUGAGCGCCCCCGCACCGCGGGCUCGGGGUCCCCCUUGCCAGCCCCCGGCCCCUUCCCGCGGCGCUCCCGGCCCGGGACCGGCGGGACAGCGGCCUGGCCGGCGGGAGCCCCGCGGGAGGACGGGGACGGAGCCCCCCGAGCCCCCCGGUUCGCCUCUCCCUGGGGCGCGGGGGUGCGGAGCCGCCCCCAGCCCCGGCCGAGGAGGUGCCAGAAGCGAUGUCCCCCCAUCCCUAUUCCCACCACCGGGCAGGACUUCUGCCAGUGCUUCCAGCCCCGCUCCCGGAGCCCCUCGGCCCCUCCCCGGCCUCGCCCCCCGUCUCCCAUUUCAGGGGGUCAGGCUGCGGGUGCCAGAGGGACCCCCCUCCCUCCCCUUUCAGCUCCAUGAAACCUCUCGGAGCCGCCAGCGGAGCCACGGAGCCCCCCUGCCCCAGCUCGUCCCCCCGCGCCCCCACACCGAGGGGAGGGGACAGCCCCUUUUCCUGGGAUCGGAAGCCAUGACUCAGUUCCUUAUCCAAAGCGGGCUCCUUCGUGCACUGCCUUCAGCCGGGUUCGAUGCUUUACCUCCGUCUCGGGUUUCGGCGGGAGCGGGGGGGCCCCAAGCCGCCCUGGGGACCCCGGUCCUGCCCUCCCGCCCAGCCCGGGCUGGAAGGGGCCCCUCGGGGGAAUGCAGAGCUCCACAGGGUCCCCUUCCAGCCGGGCUGAUCCGGGCGCCGGGGCUGCCCCGGGAGCUCCGUGCCCACCCCUGGGGAUAAAGGGUGGAGCGAGCGCUGGUGUCCCCAUCGAGGGCAGGUGACAUUCCCCGGGCUGGUGGCAUUCCUUGGGACAGCCAGCCUGGCAGGAUCAGUGCCAGCAGCAGCAUCCCCGCGGAGCCCUGGGAUGCACACGCCAGACCCCUUCCCACUCCACUCCCUGGGACCCCCAAAAACAGGGACAGACCCACCUGGGAGCCCCACAGCGGUGACAAGGGGGUCGGUGGUGGCUCUCCGUGGCAGACACCAGAUCAUCCUCAGUCUUCCUGCUCCCCCCGUGGCAACCUUGGCUCCCAGCAGCUCCCACAGCCCCAAUUUAGACGAUUUUGGACAAUCUGGAGAGAAGUCAUAAUACUGCUAUUACAGUAAUAACAACGCUUUUAGGGACAUUUGUAUUUUUGUCAUAUUCUCUCUUUUUUUAACAUAAAAGAGACUUACAUGCCUGGGGAAGAGGUGGCAGGGCCAGGGCUGUGCCAAGCCGGGUGCCCCCCACGGCCCCUCAGGCACCCCGCUUUUCCAGGCUGGAUUCCUCGUCCGCGGUCGGGCUCCCCGGGGGUUUGUGUGUUCAUUUUUAACUCUAGAGCUCGUAGCCGUGAUCUUGUUCAGGUUCUCUCUUCUUCAUGUGACGGUAACAUCCAACUGGUGUGUAAAAUAAAGAAAAACAGGACAAAAAAAAAAAAAAAUUAAAAAAAAUGAAAAAAAAAGAUAAAAAAUCCAAUAAAGAGCCCGGCCCGGCCUGGCUGGGGAGCGGCUGGAGCGGGGGGUGCCCGGCUGGCGAUGCCAAGGAUGGGGCGCACGGGUCGGGGCGCCUCCUUUGAAGAAUCCUAUUUUUGGGGAGUGGGGCCCCUCGUUUUCUGGAGGCAGCCCCUGCUCUCAGUAAUAAAGGACAGUCAGUAACUGCCA